AUGUUGCCGUUCCGCGCAGCCACCGUCCUUUCGGUAUACUUUCUCGCAUUCUGGGCUGCUGCCUCGCCGUCACCCCUUGAUGCCAGGGCGUCGGGGACAUGCACGCUCACUGCGAGCGGGUCCGAUGACGCGCCUGCGUUUCUGAAGGCCGCGGCGGACCCGUCGUGUUCGACGGUGACUAUUCCUGCCGGGACCACCCUCUCCAUCCAGAGCAAGCUGAACAUGACAGGAACCGCCAACAAACAUAUCAAUGUUCAGGGCACCGUGAAGUUCAACCCAGAUAUCGACUACUGGACGGACAACUCGUUCUCGUUCGACAUCCAGGACCAGGCCGCUUUCUGGCUGCUUGGCGGGAAGAACAUCGUCCUUGACGGCGGAGGUACCCUCGACGGCUCCGGACAGGCCUGGUAUGAUGAGUUCGCGAAGCAUAGCUCGACUGUCCGCCCGAUCCUGCUUACCAUCUUCCAGGCCACGAACGUGACGGUUCAGAACAUCCGCAUGAUAAACGGUCCCGAGUGGAUCAACUUCGUGAACGAAGGACAAGACAUCACCUUCCGCAACAUCACGAUCUCCGCGGUUUCGACAUCCAAGAACGCGGCGAAGAACACGGACGGGUGGGACAUCUUCCGAAGCGAUAACGUCAUCAUCGCCGACUCGAACAUUGACAACGGCGACGACUGCGUGAGCUUCAAGCCUAACGCAACCAACAUUCUUGUCUCGAACCUCUCUUGCAAUGGCUCUCAUGGUAUAUCCGUGGGCUCACUCGGCCAAUACGCUGGAGAGUACGACAUCGUCCAAAACGUCCUCGCCACAAACAUCCGCAUGUCGAACGCGCAGAACGGCGCUCGCAUCAAGGCGUGGGCUGGAAAGGGCGUCGGCGCGGGUCUCGUGAAGAACAUCACAUUCGACGGCUUCGUCGAGAGCAACGUUGACAAUCCCGUCGUCAUCGACCAAUGCUACAUGACGAGCGCAGAUGACUGCGCCAAAUACCCGUCGAACACGUACAUCCAGGACGUCUGGUUCAAUAACAUCUCGGGCACUUCCUCGGGCAAGGAGAAGGCCGUUGUCGCCAGCCUCUCCUGCUCCCCAGACGGCCGCUGCAGCGACGUGAACGUGAACGACAUCAACGUAACACCGCCCUCCAAGUAUGGCGCAGCCACGUUCUCCUGCCAGAACGUCGAGCUCAGCGGGGACGCCGCAUCGAUGUUUGGAACGUGCUCAACUACUGGGUGA